UUUUUUGCUUCAACUUGUAUUGAAAUGGCCACUACUCCUGCUCUUCGUCAAAAAAACCAAAUUUAUAACAAGCGUUCCAAGAAUGGUGUUGUAGCCACCAAAGCUGCCGAGAAAUCUAAGCACGUUAAGAAGAGUAACUUCUCUUAUGUAGCUGUUGGCGUUUUUGCCUUUGCAUUGUUUGGUGGUGUUAUUCUUCAACUCAUCGAUCUCUUGCUUUAAUUCAACUCGCUAUCAUACCAUAAUGUUUAUUUAUUUCAUCCUCGUACAUCUACACAUAUCGUAUAUUUAUUGCAC